ACAUCUACUGAAGAACUAAAAGCUUCAUGAUGUAUUCAGCUCAACUACUGCUUUACUUGUUAUCCUAUAUAUCUAUUGCAAAAGGAUAUGUACGCAUUGAUAAGAAAUUUUUUGACGACGAUAAUAGUUACUGGUCACAAUCAGGCAAUGACUUAAAUAAAUGGAGCGAAGAAAAUGAAAAAAGGACAUAUGAAGUUGUUAAUCAGCCUAUGUGUGGUAAUCUACCAUUUGAUGACAGUAUUUAUUUUUGCAAUAAGGGAAACAAAUACAAUAAACAACUUUAUCAGUUAUGUGGAAGUGACAUAAUAAUAAAGAGCUCCUACCUUUGCAGUGAAGGUAAAUCAUACCCAAAAUCUGAAUACAGCCUUUGUGGAAAUAAAAUUUUUGAAAUUAAAAAAUGCUUUUGUUAUGAAUCUAAAAUAUAUGAAAAAAUAACUAAUGAAUUAUGUGGUGAUGAACUUAUCUUUAAAUUAACAAAAUUUUGCUUCAAAGGAAAGUCAUUUCUUCAAUCAAAAUUCAUUAUUUGCGGUGACAACGUAUGCGAUAAAAGCAUUAACUUCUGCUUUAAAAACAAAGUUUACAGCACAAUUGAUAAUGAAAUAUGUGGUGACAUUGUUCAUUCAAAAGCUGAUUGCUUUUGUAACAACAAUAAAUCAUACAAAAAGAGUCAGUAUAAGGUAUGUGGAUCAAAUGUAUAUGAAGUGAGUUCAAAAUUCUGCAAAAACAAUUUAGUGUAUUUAAUCAACUUGUACGAAGAGUGUGGUGAUGGAGUUUGUGAAAAGUCAAAAGAGUUUUGUUUUCAAAAUCAAGUAUUUAACAUUUUAACACAUGCAGUCUGUAAAGAUAAGGUUUACAAACUCAUUGAUUCAUUCUGCUUUGAAAACACAGUAUAUAACAAACAUGAUAAUGAAAUAUGUGGAGACCAUGUUCAUCUGACAGCUGACUGGUUUUGUAACAAUAAUAAAUCAUACAAAAAAAGCAACUACAAAGUAUGUGGAUCAAAUGUUUAUGAAGUAGCUACAAAGUUCUGCAAAAACAAUUUAGUUUAUUUAAUCAGCUUAUACGAAGAGUGUGGUAAUGGAGUUUGUGAAAAGUCAAAAGAGUUUUGUUUUGAAAAUCAAGUAUUAAACAUUUUAACACAUGCAGUCUGUAAAAAUAAGGUUUACAAACUCAUCGAUUCAUUCUGCUUUGAAGACACAGUAUAUAACAAAGUUGAUAAUGAAAUAUGCGGAGACCAUGUUCAUUUGAUAGCAAACUGGUUUUGUAAUAAUGAUAAAUCAUACGAAAAGAGCAAAUACAAAGUAUGUGGAUCUAAUGUUUAUGAAAAAGCUACGCAAUUCUGCAAAAAUAACUUAGUGUAUUUAAUCAACUUGUACGAAGAGUGUGGUGAUGGAGUAAGGCAAAAAGCAACACAGUUUUGUUUUGAAAAUCAAGUAUUUAACAUCUUGUCACAUGCAGUCUGUAAGAAUAAGGUUUACAAACUCAUCGAUUCAUUCUGCUUUAAUGACAUGGUAUUUACCAAAAUUGAUAAUGAAAUAUGUGGAGACCAUGUUCAUUUGACAGCUGACUGGUUUUGUAACAAUGAUAAAUCAUACAAAAAGAGCAACUACAAAGUAUGUGGAUCUAAUGUUUAUGAAAUAGCUACACAAUUCUGCAAAAAUAAUUUAGUGUACUUAAUCAACUUGUACGAAGAGUGUGGUGAUGGAGUAAGUGAAAAAGCAACACAGUUUUGUUUCGAAAAUCAAGUAUUUAACAUCUUAUCACAUGCAGUCUGUAAAAAUAAGGUUUACAAAAUCAUUGAUUCCUUCUGCUUUAAUGACAUGGUAUUUACCAAAAUUGAUAAUGAAAUAUGUGGAGACCAUGUUCAUUUGACAGCUGACUGGUUUUGUAACAAUGAUAAAUCAUAUAAAAAGAGCAACUACAAAGUAUGUGGAUCAAAUGUUUAUGAAAUAGCUACGCAGUUCUGCAAAAAUAAUUUAGUGUAUUUAAUCAACUUGUACGAAGAGUGUGGUGAUGGAGUAAGUGAAAAAGCAACACAGUUUUGUUUUGAAAAUCAAGUAUUUAACAUCUUAUCACAUGCAGUCUGUAAGAAUAAGGUUUACAAAAUCAUUGAUUCCUUCUGCUUUAAUGACAUGGUAUUUACCAAAAUUGAUAAUGAAAUAUGUGGAGACCAUGUUCAUUUGACAGCUGACUGGUUUUGUAACAAUGAUAAAUCAUACAAAAAGAGCAACUACAAAGUAUGUGGAUCUAAUGUUUAUGAAAUAGCUACACAAUUCUGCAAAAAUAAUUUAGUGUACUUAAUCAACUUGUACGAAGAGUGUGGUGAUGGAGUAAGUGAAAAAGCAACACAGUUUUGUUUCGAAAAUCAAGUAUUUAACAUCUUAUCGCAUGCAGUUUGUAAAAAUAAGGUUUACAAAAUCAUUGAUUCCUUCUGCUUUAAUGACAUGGUAUUUACCAAAAUUGAUAAUGAAAUAUGUGGAGACCAUGUUCAUUUGACAGCUGACUGGUUUUGUAACAAUGAUAAAUCAUAUAAAAAGAGCAACUACAAAGUUUGUGGAUCAAAUGUAUAUGAAAUAGCUACACAGUUCUGCAAAAAUAGUUUAGUGUAUUUAAUCAACUUGUACGAAGAGUGUGGUGAUGGAGUAAGUGAAAAAGCAACACAGUUUUGUUUUGAGAAUCAAGUAUUCAACAUCUUAUCACAUGCAGUCUGUAAGAAUAAGGUUUACAAGCUCAUUGAUUCAUUCUGCUUUAAUGACAUGGUAUUUACCAAAAUUGAUAAUGAAAUAUGUGGAGACCAUGUUCAUAUGACAGCUGACUGGUUUUGUAACAAUGAUAAAUCAUAUAAAAAGAGCAACUACAAAGUAUGUGGAUCUAAUGUUUAUGAAAUAGCUACACAAUUCUGCAAAAAUAAUUUAGUAUAUUUAAUCAACUUGUACGAAGAGUGUGGUGAUGGAGUAAGUGAAAAAGCAACACAGUUUUGUUUUGAAAAUCAAGUAUUUAACAUCUUGUCACAUGCAGUCUGUAAAAAUAAGGUUUACAAACACAUUGAUUCAUUUUGCUUUGGAGACGUGAUAUUUAACAAAAUUGAUAAUGAAAUAUGUGGAGACCAUGUUCAUUUGAUAGCUGACUGGUUUUGUAACAAUGAUAAAUCAUACGAAAAGAGCAAAUACAAAGUAUGCGGAUCAAAUGUUUAUGAAGUAGCUACCAAGUUCUGCAAAAACAAUUUAGUGUAUUUAUUCGCCUUGUUUGAAGAAUGUGGUGCUGGAGUGAGCGAUAAAUCAACAGAGUUUUGUUUCGAAAAUCAAGUAUUUAACUCAUUGACACAUGGAGUCUGUAAAGAUCAAGUGUACAACCGAAUAGAAUUUUUCUGCUUUAAAGAUACAAUAUUUACCAGAAUUGAUAAUGAAAUAUGUGGAGGCAUUGUUGAAAAAAAGGCUGACUGGUUUUGUUAUGAAAAUGUACCAUACGAAAAAAGUAAGUUUAAGUUUUGUGGAUCAAAUGUAUAUGAAAUAGCUACAAAGUUCUGCAAAAACAAUUUAGUAUAUUUAAUCAACUUGUACGAAGAGUGUGGCGAUGGAGUAAGUGAAAAAGCAACACAGUUUUGUUUUGAAAAUCAAGUAUUUAACAUCUUGUCACAUGCAGUCUGUAAAAAUAAGGUUUACAAACUCAUUGAUUCAUUCUGCUUUAAUGACAUGAUAUUCAACAAAAUUGAUAAUGAAAUAUGUGGAGACCAUGUUCAUUUGACAGCUGACUGGUUUUGUAACAAUGAUAAAUCAUACAAAAAGAGCAACUACAAAGUAUGUGGAUCUAACGUUUAUGAAAUCGCUACGCAAUUCUGCAAAAAUAAUUUAGUGUACUUAAUCAACUUGUACGAAGAGUGUGGUGAUGGAGUAAGUGAAAAAGCAACACAGUUUUGUUUUGAAAAUCAAGUAUUUAACAUCUUAUCACAUGCAGUCUGUAAAAAUAAGGUUUACAAACUCAUUGAUUCAUUCUGCUUUAAUGACAUGAUAUUCAACAAAAUUGAUAAUGAAAUAUGUGGAGACCAUGUUCAUUUGACAGCUGACUGGUUUUGUAACAAUGAUAAAUCAUACAAAAAGAGCAACUACAAAGUAUGUGGAUCUAAUGUUUAUGAAAUAGCUACGCAAUUCUGCAAAAAUAAUUUAGUGUACUUAAUCAACUUGUACGAAGAGUGUGGUGAUGGAGUAAGUGAAAAAGCAACACAGUUUUGUUUUGAAAAUCAAGUAUUUAACAUCUUAUCACAUGCAGUCUGUAAAAAUAAGGUUUACAAACUCAUUGAUUCAUUCUGCUUUAAUGACAUGAUAUUUACCAAAAUUGAUAAUGAAAUAUGUGGAGACCAUGUUCAUUUGACAGCUGACUGGUUUUGUAACAAUGAUAAAUCAUACAAAAAGAGCAACUACAAAGUAUGCGGAUCUAAUGUUUAUGAAAUAGCUACGCAGUUCUGCAAAAAUAAUUUAGUGUAUUUAAUCAACUUGUACGAAGAGUGUGGUGAUGGAGUAAGUGAAAAAGCAACACAGUUUUGUUUUGAAAAUCAAGUAUUUAACAUCUUGUCACAUGCAGUCUGUAAAAAUAAGGUUUACAAACUCAUUGAUUCAUUCUGUUUUCAAGAGAUUAUAUUUACCAAAAUUGAUAAUGAAAUAUGUGGAGACCAUGUUCAUUUGACAGCUGAUUGGUUUUGCAACAAUGAUAAAUCAUACAAAAAGAGCAACUACAAAGUAUGUGGAUCUAAUGUUUAUGAAAUAGCUACACAAUUCUGCAAAAAUAAUUUAGUAUAUUUAAUCAACUUGUACGAAGAGUGUGGUGAUGGAGUAAGUGAAAAAGCAACACAGUUUUGUUUUGAAAAUCAAGUAUUUAACAUCUUGUCACAUGCAGUCUGUAAGAAUAAGGUUUACAAACUUAUCGAUUCCUUCUGCUUUAAUGACAUGAUAUUCAACAAAAAUGAUAAUGAAAUAUGUGGAGACCAUGUUCAUUUGACAGCUGACUGGUUUUGUAACAAUGAUAAAUCAUACAAAAAGAGCAACUACAAAGUAUGCGGAUCUAAUGUUUAUGAAAUAGCUACGCAGUUCUGCAAAAAUAAUUUAGUGUACUUAAUCAACUUGUACGAAGAGUGUGGUGAUGGAGUAAGUGAAAAAGCAACACAGUUUUGUUUUGAAAAUCAAGUAUUUAACAUCUUGUCACAUGCAAUCUGUAAAAAUAAGGUUUACAAACUCAUUGAUUCAUUCUGUUUUCAAGAGAUUAUAUUUACCAAAAUUGAUAAUGAAAUAUGUGGAGACCAUGUUCAUUUGACAGCUGAUUGGUUUUGCAACAAUGAUAAAUCAUACAAAAAGAGCAACUACAAAGUAUGUGGAUCUAAUGUUUAUGAAAUAGCUACACAAUUCUGCAAAAAUAAUUUAGUGUAUUUAAUCAACUUGUACGAAGAGUGUGGUGAUGGAGUAAGUGAAAAAGCAACACAGUUUUGUUUUGAAAAUCAAGUAUUUAACAUCUUGUCACAUGCAGUCUGUAAGAAUAAGGUUUACAAACUUAUCGAUUCCUUCUGCUUUGGAGACAUGAUAUUCAACAAAAUUGAUAAUGAAAUAUGUGGAGACCAUGUUCAUUUGACAGCUGACUGGUUUUGUAACAAUGAUAAAUCAUACAAAAAGAGCAACUACAAAGUAUGCGGAUCUAAUGUUUAUGAAAUAGCUACGCAGUUCUGCAAAAAUAAUUUAGUGUAUUUAAUCAACUUGUACGAAGAGUGUGGUGAUGGAGUAAGUGAAAAAGCAACACAGUUUUGUUUUGAGAAUCAAGUAUUCAACAUCUUAUCACAUGCAGUCUGUAAGAAUAAGGUUUACAAGCUCAUUGAUUCAUUCUGCUUUAAUGACAUGGUAUUUACCAAAAUUGAUAAUGAAAUAUGUGGAGACCAUGUUCAUAUGACAGCUGACUGGUUUUGUAACAAUGAUAAAUCAUAUAAAAAGAGCAACUACAAAGUAUGUGGAUCUAAUGUUUAUGAAAUAGCUACACAAUUCUGCAAAAAUAAUUUAGUAUAUUUAAUCAACUUGUACGAAGAGUGUGGUGAUGGAGUAAGUGAAAAAGCAACACAGUUUUGUUUUGAAAAUCAAGUAUUUAACAUCUUGUCACAUGCAGUCUGUAAAAAUAAGGUUUACAAACACAUUGAUUCAUUCUGCUUUGGAGACGUGAUAUUCAACAAAAUUGAUAAUGAAAUAUGUGGAGACCAUGUUCAUUUGAUAGCUGACUGGUUUUGUAACAAUGAUAAAUCAUACGAAAAGAGCAAAUACAAAGUAUGCGGAUCAAAUGUUUAUGAAGUAGCUACCAAGUUUUGCAAAAACAAUUUAGUGUAUUUAUUCGCCUUGUUUGAAGAAUGUGGUGCUGGAGUGAGCGAUAAAUCAACAGAGUUUUGUUUCGAAAAUCAAGUAUUUAACUCAUUGACACAUGGAGUCUGUAAAGAUCAAGUGUACAACCGAAUAGAAUUUUUCUGCUUUAAAGAUACAAUAUUUACCAGAAUUGAUAAUGAAAUAUGCGGAGGCAUUGUUGAAAAAAAAGCUGACUGGUUUUGUUAUGAAAAUGUACCAUACGAAAAAAGUAAGUUUAAGUUUUGUGGAUCAAAUGUAUAUGAAAUAGCUACAAAGUUCUGCAAAAACAAUUUAGUAUAUUUAAUCAACUUGUACGAAGAGUGUGGCGAUGGAGUAAGUGAAAAAGCAACACAGUUUUGUUUUGAAAAUCAAGUAUUUAACAUCUUGUCACAUGCAGUCUGUAAAAAUAAGGUUUACAAACUCAUUGAUUCAUUCUGCUUUAAUGACAUGAUAUUCAACAAAAUUGAUAAUGAAAUAUGUGGAGACCAUGUUCAUUUGACAGCUGACUGGUUUUGUAACAAUGAUAAAUCAUACAAAAAGAGCAACUACAAAGUAUGUGGAUCUAACGUUUAUGAAAUCGCUACGCAAUUCUGCAAAAAUAAUUUAGUGUACUUAAUCAACUUGUACGAAGAGUGUGGUGAUGGAGUAAGUGAAAAAGCAACACAGUUUUGUUUUGAAAAUCAAGUAUUUAACAUCUUAUCACAUGCAGUCUGUAAAAAUAAGGUUUACAAACUUAUCGAUUCCUUCUGCUUUAAUGACAUGGUAUUUACCAAAAUUGAUAAUGAAAUAUGUGGAGACCAUGUUCAUUUGACAGCUGACUGGUUUUGUAACAAUGAUAAAUCAUACAAAAAGAGCAACUACAAAGUAUGCGGAUCAAAUGUUUAUGAAAUAGCUACGCAGUUCUGCAAAAAUAAUUUAGUGUAUUUAAUCAGCUUGUACGAAGAGUGUGGUGAUGGAGUAAGUGAAAAAGCAACACAGUUUUGUUUUGAAAAUCAAGUAUUUAACAUCUUGUCACAUGCAGUUUGUAGGAAUAAGGUUUACAAACUUAUCGAUUCUUUCUGCUUUAAUGACAUGGUAUUUACCAAAAUUGAUAACGAAAUAUGUGGAGACCAUGUUCAUUUGAUAGCUGACUGGUUUUGUAACAACGAUAAAUCAUACAAAAAGAGCAACUACAAAGUAUGCGGAUCUAUGGUUUAUGAAAUAGCUACGCAGUUCUGCAAAAAUAAUUUAGUGUAUUUAAUCAACUUGUACGAAGAGUGUGGUGAUGGAGUAAGUGAAAAAGCAACACAGUUUUGUUUUGAAAAUCAAGUAUUUAACAUCUUGUCACAUGCAGUUUGUAGGAAUAAGGUGUACAAACUUAUCGAUUCUUUCUGCUUUAAUGACAUGGUAUUCACCAAAAUUGAUAACGAAAUAUGUGGAGACCAUGUUCAUUUGAUAGCUGACUGGUUUUGUAACAACGAUAAAUCAUACAAAAAGAGCAACUACAAAGUAUGCGGAUCUAUGGUUUAUGAAAUAGCUACGCAGUUCUGCAAAAAUAAUUUAGUGUAUUUAAUCAACUUGUACGAAGAGUGUGGUGAUGGAGUAAGUGAAAAAGCAACACAGUUUUGUUUUGAAAAUCAAGUAUUUAACAUCUUGUCACAUGCAGUUUGUAGGAAUAAGGUGUACAAACUUAUCGAUUCUUUCUGCUUUAAUGACAUGGUAUUUACCAAAAUUGAUAACGAAAUAUGUGGAGACCAUGUUCAUUUGAUAGCUGACUGGUUUUGUAACAAUGAUAAAUCAUACAAAAAGAGCAACUACAAAGUAUGCGGAUCUAAUGUUUAUGAAAUAGCUACGCAGUUCUGCAAAAAUAAUUUAGUGUAUUUAAUCAGCUUGUACGAAGAGUGUGGUGAUGGAGUAAGGCAAAAAGCAACACAGUUUUGUUUCGAAAAUCAAGUAUUUAACAUCUUAUCACAUGCAGUCUGUAAGAAUAAGGUUUACAAACUUAUUGAUUCUUUCUGCUUUAAUGACAUGGUAUUUACCAAAAUUGAUAACGAAAUAUGUGGAGACCAUGUUCAUUUGAUAGCUGACUGGUUUUGUAACAACGAUAAAUCAUACAAAAAGAGCAACUACAAAGUAUGCGGAUCUAUGGUUUAUGAAAUAGCUACGCAGUUCUGCAAAAAUAAUUUAGUGUAUUUAAUCAACUUGUACGAAGAGUGUGGUGAUGGAGUAAGUGAAAAAGCAACACAGUUUUGUUUUGAAAAUCAAGUAUUUAACAUCUUGUCACAUGCAGUUUGUAGGAAUAAGGUGUACAAACUUAUCGAUUCUUUCUGCUUUAAUGACAUGGUAUUUACCAAAAUUGAUAACGAAAUAUGUGGAGACCAUGUUCAUUUGAUAGCUGACUGGUUUUGUAACAAUGAUAAAUCAUACAAAAAGAGCAACUACAAAGUAUGCGGAUCUAAUGUUUAUGAAAUAGCUACACAAUUCUGCAAAAACAAUUUAGUAUAUUUAAUCAACUUGUACGAAGAGUGUGGUGAUGGAGUAAGUGAAAAAGCAACACAGUUUUGUUUUGAAAAUCAAGUAUUUAACAUCUUAUCACAUGCAGUCUGUAAAAAUAAGGUUUACAAACUUAUCGAUUCAUUCUGCUUUAAAGACUUGGUAUUUACCAAAAUUGAUAAUGAAAUAUGUGGAGACCAUGUUCAUUUGAUAGCUGAUUGGUUUUGUAACAAUGGUAAAUCAUACAAAAAGAGCAACUACAAAGUAUGUGGAUCUAAUGUUUAUGAAAUAGCUACACAAUUCUGCAAAAAUAAUUUAGUAUAUUUAAUUAACUUGUACGAAGAGUGUGGCAAUGGAGUUUGUGAAAAGUCAAAAGAGUUUUGUUUUCAAAAUCAAGUAUUUAAUAUUUUAACACAUGCAGUUUGUAAAGAUAAGGUUUACAAACUCAUUGAUUCAUUCUGCUUUAAAGACAUAGUAUAUAUUAAAGUUGAGAAUGAAAUAUGUGGAGAUCAUGUUCAUUUGACAGCUAGCUGGUUUUGCAACAAUGAUAAAUCAUAUGAAAAGAGUAAAUUCAAACUCUGUGGAUCAAAUGUUUAUGAAGUAGCUACAAUGUUCUGCAAAAACAAUUUAGUUUAUUUAAUUAGCUUAUUCGAAGAGUGUGGUAAUGGAGUUUGUGAAAAAUCAAAAGAGUUUUGUUUUCAAAAUCAAGUAUUUAAAAUAUUGGAGUUUGGUCUUUGUAAGGGUAGCCUAUACAAACGUAUGGAUUCAUUAUGUUUUAAUAACGUUAUCUACUCUGCAAAUGAUAAUGAAGUAUGUGGAGAUAUUGUGCAUUCAAAAACGUUAUGCUUCUGUUUUAAUAAUAAGUCGUACAAGAGAAAUCAGUUUGGUAUUUGCGGUAAUGACGUUUUUAAUUUAAGUAACUCAAUAUGUAAUGGGGGAAUAAUUUUUAGUUUAAGCGUUUAUGAAGUUUGUGGUCAAGUCAUUCAUUUAAAAGCUGAUCGAUUUUGUUUCAAUGAAGUUUCUUUUAAAAAAAGUGAUUUUAGUAUUUGCGCAGGCAACCUUUUUUCACUUAGUUCUUCAUUUUGUUAUGACAACAAAGUUUAUGAAAAAUUUUCCCACGAAUUAUGCGGAAAUGCAAUCAUGUCAAGAAUUACAAAUUUUUGUAAUGGCGGAAUAUCAUAUUCUCGUACUCAAUAUAAAAUUUGUGGCCAGAAAGUUUACGACAUCAACCUCUUUGUUUGCAGUGGAACAACUUUGUUUGACCUCAAGCUCUAUGAAGUUUGUGGAAAUGUUAUCUAUUUGAAAUCACAACGCUUUUGUCAUCAAGGAACAUCAUAUAACAAGCUUCAAUUUGGUCUUUGUGGUUCUGCUUUAUAUAAUAAAUUAGCGUUUACAUGUAAUGCAAAUAAUCAAUUGCAGGCUAUCGUUUUGCCAUAUUAAUUAUUUUAUAUUAUAGUUGAUAUAAAUGGAUAAAAGUAUUAUGAUUGUUCAUGGUAUUGUACUUGAGAUGGGAUUUCGGUAAUGACUUUAUUUUAAGUAGAUUGCAAUUGCAUUUCGUUUUCGGUAAAGCUUGUUUAUUGAGUCAUUAUAAAAUUGAUACAAAACUGUAAAAGUAUUUUAAUAAUAAAAUUCUUUCACCUGA